CUAGUACGCGUUAUAAAUAAACAGAGAGCUUACAAACGCAUGCUUAUUUGUGGGGUAGUUGCAAUAAUACAACUCCCAGCUAUAUUGACCCUGAGCUGUACGUAUGUACUCAUAAAAGCUCAGAGCAUUCAAGAAGAACUAAUUUGUAGGGGUAUUGCAAGUGAACUAACAUGUCCAUUAAGGUAAAGAAACAACAAUAGAUAAAUUGUACAUUAAUUGAUAGAUCUUUCAUCGAAUAUGAAGCACAUUAUAUUUGUGUAUGGAACUCUGAAAACUGGUCUACACAACCAUCACCUGAUGACCACCGGAAGUAAGGGACACUGUUGCUACCUUGGAACAGCGGUCACUUCCGGGAAGUUCCCUCUCAUAGUGGCUACAAGGUUUAACAUCCCGUUCUUGCUGUUCGCACCUGACCAUGGAUACCAUGUGGCAGGGGAGUUGUACGAAGUGGACGAUGCACAAGUGGCAGCCCUGGACAAACUAGAAGGACAUCCGCACCGGUAUGAGCGCAGACGGACUGACGUAAGGGUUACAUCUGGAAACGCACGUGAUGGAACGCCUAUAAAUAAAGCAGUAGAGAACGACGAUCCAGCGGCAUUGGGUGAAGCUAAUGGGAAUUUUGUGAAGACCACUAACUGUAUCAGAAAUCUACCGCUUGAUGUAUCAAACGACGUGACGACAAAGAUUGACGGUCAGGUGCGCAUAACUGCAGGACAAGUCAUUUCAGCCCAUACUUACUUUCUUGUUGCUUACCAACCGCAUCUGUUGGCGUUACCGCACUUGGUUUCCUACGACGGAGGCUUUGUCACACCUCCAGCGGACGCUAGCGAUGACCUCCGCAGGGAAACAUUCCGUGAGGUGCAUACGGGGAUACAGUAAUGACAACAGAAAGCGAACCGAAACACAUUUCACGCCCCAAUGCCAUACGCAGUACAGAACGACUACAUCAUGUUAACCAAACGUAAUCAGCGAUAUUGCAAACAUUUUUUUCCGAAUUAUAAGUUCCAUGAAUGUUAUAUUAUCUGAAGCCAUGUGUUUUAUGCAGCAUGUAUUAAUAUUCACAUUGAUAAACCACAUGUUCUUUGAAUAUAACAGCUCGUUUACCAUAGAGCAUGAAAUAUAAAAAAAAAUAC